CCGAAUAUUGAGUUGGCGCGCUGAUGCUACUUUAAAAAUACCGCUUGUUGUGCGCUGUCCGUCUGCACAGUUUCGUUGUCAGCAUGUUUUGAUUUUUUUGGGCCGACACUGUGUGUGAUCGCAGUGUUUGAAUUGCUUUGCAGGCGGUUAGCUUGUGGUAUGUGACUGCCUGUGGGUAACAGCGGGACAGCGAGAUCAGACCCAUCUCCAACCAUCUCUUCACUCAUUUCGUCACUGUCCGUGUUUGUGCCAAUCGUCUAACGGUUCAUCCAAUGUACCCAAUAUGCGUCGGUGAUAUUAAAAUCGCCAGAGGGAUUGUUAUGCGUGUAGCCUAUUUAUGUCCAUUUUCUUGAUCGUCGUUGUCAGAAAAGUUUCACUUAAUACCUAUUGAAGUGGGUUAGUGUUCACCAGAACUCUAUAGUAUAGCUUUCUGCCAUUGCGUUUAUUGCUGCGAUAACCAUGACCGAAGGACCGGCGCCAACGGUUGUCUGGGAGGCUGCCAAAGAAAAUAUCCAACCACUUCGUCGGGGUCGUAAUAUUACCUUUCUUACUGAGGCUCUCACGAUGAAUUCGGACAUGCUAGAAGAGAAAAAACGGGAAUUCGAGGAGGCACUUCGAGCAUAUGACGGAGAUGACCCACUGGAGGUUUGGGACAGCUAUUUGACUUGGUUGGAGGAACACUACCCAUCAGGACUGCACGCUCUUAAUUGGCCACAGCUACUAGAAAACUGCAUCUCAGCUUUUAUAUUGGAACCGGAACAUAGAUACGACAACGAUCCUCGAUUUGUUCGUGUUUGGCUCAAGUUUGCGAACCUUCAAGUUCAUCCCGAAGAGGUGUACAAAUGCAUGAGCGCUCGCGGGGUUGGGGUAAGAUCAGCAGCCUUCUACAUUGAAUGGUCCAAUUUUCAUGAGGUGUCGGGGGAACCUCGUACUGCACAAGAAAUCCUCGAAAAAGGUGUUCAAAUGCUAGCCCAACCACAAGAACAGGUGUUUUCAGCUCUAAAGGAGCUGAUUCUCCGACUAGCACAAGGGUCGACGAGGCCACAAGAGGAAACCGCUCCUACUGGUGCCGAUGAUGCAGAGAAUCGUAGUGCGUUCUCACGUCUGUGCGAGGCGCCAGGGCAGACUGCUCCUAUCGUUAAUCGUAUCGACGUUACUAGGGCCUCUCGCCAUCCUGGAACAAUUCAGCAGACAGCCCCGCUAUCUUCCGUACGAACCGCUUUUGGUGGAGCAAGGGGCAUAAGUCAGUCCAAAUUAGCUGUGUUCGUCGACGAAGCUCCGUCGAGAGAUGGCCUUUUUACUGGAAUGGGUACGCUGGCUGGAAGUGCUUCGCAAUCACACAAACUUGGAUCCGAAAAAGAGAACUCGAAGAAAACCGGCAAAUGGGGACGAGAAAAAAUAAGGCAACGUGUUGCUCCCAGGGAGGGUCCUGCUUUCCAGGUUGUACAAGAUAAAGGAACUGUCGAAGAUAGUACCGCUACUUCAGACUUCGUCACGCCGGCUAAGUCUCGUUUCCCUGUGUAUCUUGGAUCUGGACUAUCAACUCGAACGGACAAGGUUACUGAAAUGGCAUUAUCCCAUAUUUUUGGAAGAUUGGAUGCUCCCGAUAUCAAUGAAAAAAGAAUGUACGACUUUCUGGCGGUAUAUGCGGGCACGUGCGAAUUUCAAUUUGAGGAGAUCCGUAUGGCACGAUACAAACGGCAACAAAAGGCUGCAGCAAGCAGGCAACCUCCGUUACAGGCCCAAGAAGAAACUACAGCCGAGAAUAGCUCUACAGGAACAGCAAGCGAUUCCGGCUGCACAGAAGGUGGUGGCCUACAAAGCGUCACUGAAAGCAGUACAAUACAUUCAGCAAAGAAUCACGAAAACUCAUGGCAGCCCCGUGAAGCUUUCUAGGUUGUUGCUGAGCCCUUAGAAAAUUAUCCAGGCGAAACGAGUACAAGAGGAAUGAUUCAAAUUCUAUGGAGACUUUAAUCGUAAACCGGAAGAAAAUCUCAUCUAACACGAGAUUUCUAGGCUACAGCUGAAAUCGGACGAAGAAUGAAACUUCCGGAAUGCUGAGCAUCAGUCUAAAACUUUUGUGACUUCAAAUAAUUUCAGAAAACUUGGAAACGGUCGAGCGUAAAAGCCAGUAUUUACUAUUUUGUCCGACGUAAGCACUGAAACAACAAUCUAACUACAUUUGAAUUUAUAUUUAUACAUGACCAUGAUGAACCUAUGAUGAAAUAUGUAUAUACUUAUUGAUAUAUAUAUAGCGUUAUAAAGUAACGUAAUAAAUGUGAUCACGUCUUCAUGGAAAAAUACGUAUUCUAUUCUAUUAGAAGCUUUGAAAUGAUUAUAACUAAAACAUUAACUUUGCGCCGAAUCCGCUAAGUCAGAAAGCUUAUACCGAUGUAACUUGGACGGGCGUUUAAAUUCAUGAUAAAAUACAAAAAUAUUUUAUCAAUAUUGGACGUUAAAUAUAUCCUUAAAUAUAUGCAGAUAUAAAGUAUACGCAUUCAGAUAUAAAGCUUAGAGCCAAAUUUCAUGGCAAAAACAGUGCUUGGCAUUCUAAACGUAAAUCAAGGGUUUGUCAACGAUUGCUAAGGUCUUACAAAAAUGAAUUGUGAUUAAAGACACUGAGUAAAGUGAAAUCAAAAGCGGGACUAUGUAUUUAUUUAAAUUCACUUAUGUACACAAACUUUCGUUUUUUUCUAAUAUACGCUAGAAUG